AUGAAGCAAACGAUAGCCAAAAAAUCAAAGAAAUGGCUGAAAACAUUAAAAAGAAACGGAUUUAGAGAACCAUUCCAAAUAAUUAUUGACAAUUCGUUUAUUAAAGCAGCAAACCAACAGAAAAUUGGGCAGUAUAGUCUCAAUGAAAUGCUUAGAAAUGAGCCCAAGCUUUAUAUGACAAAAUGCACGUAUGAGAAACACAAAGCACAUCUAAUAGAAAAGGAUUUUAGUGGAUAUUGCGAAAUAAUCAAAUGUGGCCAUGAAAAGCCACAGACCAAUUGCGUCUACCAGUUUAUAAAAGAAAAUAACCCACACCACUACAUUUUAGCAACAAACAACCAUCAUUAUAUUUCAGAAUUGAAAGAAAGCAAGCACAUUCCAGUUCUGACGAUUUUUAGAUCACAACUUACAAUAAACUGUAACAAGCUGGACUGCACUGUGGGCUUGCAUGAGAUGUAUGCUACUAAAAGUGAACUUAGACACUUGAAACGGAUGUUUGGAUAG